CUUUAUUCGAACCAUUUUCUAUAAACGUUACAAAAGUUAAGUGCAUGUGUUUAAAAUUCACGUGUUAGUGUCUCAGGCAAUGUGCUGAGUAGCUAGGCAACUUUUUUGCUAACAGACUUUGGAAACAGGCCAGGUCUUCUUGCUGCAUAUUUUACGUAAAUUCCAGCUACAGAUGGCGAGCAAUUUCGUAAUUGGAAGCACCAGCAGUCCCUGCAGGACCUCUUCUGCAGAGCCAGCACAGCUGGUGGAGGAAUAUGAUGGGAAAGGAAACACAGACCCAGAAAAACUUCUUCAGUGCCCUUUUGAUAAAAACCACAAGAUCCGGUCCAGCCGCUUUCCUUACCACAUCAUAAAGUGCAGGAAGAACCAUCCCAAACUGGCGCGUGAACUGAAAACCUGCCCUUUUAAUGCUCGCCACCUGGUCCCCAAACAUGAGCUGGCUCACCACACUGAGACCUGCGAGGACAGAGUUCCUGUGGACAUGGAAGAAGAUGGAAGUUCAAGUUCAAAUGGACCUUGUAACUGGCAUGUCCCAGUCAGCACUUGGGUUAACCCAAACAUGACUGAGGAUUGGGAUCAAGAGGCAGAUAACGCUGCUCCUUCAUUUGUGUGGGGUGAAACCAAAACCAUUGGGCCAAAACAGGAAACAAGACCCACCAACAAUCUUGGUCCAACGUUUAGAUCACCCAGUGACAUUCCAUGGUCUGGUUUUUAAGCUAUAAUUUGUAUUUACUGCAUAUGCAAGCAUGUUUAGGCAUUUCCCUUUUUAAAUUUGUUUUUAACUUUUUUUUUUUUUAAAAUCUCCCUCAAUGUGACUCAUGCCUUCUGCCAGAUGCAGACUACGUUGAUGUGAUAUGUCCACUUUUUUUUUCUUUUUUUUUUUUCGUCGCAUCUAGCAUCCUCACUGUUUAGUCAGACUGCAUUGUUGUUUAAUAAAGCUGUUUACGUGAGGA